UAGAAAUACAAGAAGAAGAAAAUUAUAAUUAAAUAAAAUACAUUUUUGAAAACAAAAAAUUUAAUUGAUUAUAUAAAAAAUAAAACAUAAAUGUGUACAUAAAUAAUUUGUAAAAUUCAAUAAUUUACAAAAUAAAAGGAUAACAAAUAAUAUUGUUCAAAAGGAUAUACUUAAGUACUUUAAAAAAAAAUUGUUUACUCAUAUAAUACUUACACACAUACAUGCAUAAAAUUCAAUCUACAAUAAAAGUAUAAAUAAGUGUAUAACAUAUAUAUAAAGUGUAUAAUAGUAUUUGAAUGCCAUUUACAGAAUAAUUUUAUUUACAUUACAAAUAAAUAAGUAGACUCUUCAAAAAAUAUAUAUAUACUUAUAUACUUAAUUAUUUAUGUUUACAAAAUAUUAAUUUUUCAAAAGAUAAAAAGUAAAUUAAUAUUAGAGAAAGGAAAAAAAAAUUAUAAUUUUUUAUUAAUUGAAACUAAGUAAUUUGACUCAAGACAGUGAAAGAGAGAGAGAGGGAGAGAGAAAAGGGGGUAAAGAAUAUUCCAUAUAAAAAGAUAAUACAAAAUGGCCUUAAUAAUGAGAUACAUUGAUAGUAUUAACAGAUAUAUGGAUUCAUAUGGUGAUCCUCGGACGAAAGAUUUUCCAAUGAUGUCGUCACCUUUCCCCACAUUAGCAGUAUGUUUAACAUAUGUUUAUUUUGUGAAGGUUUUAGGGCCUCGGUUAAUGGAAAAUCGAAAACCAUUCCAACUGCAGCAUACAUUAGUUAUUUAUAAUUUAGCCCAAGUGAUAUUUAGUGCAUGGAUAUUUUAUGAAUGUCUAAGAGGUGGUUGGUGGGGCCAUUAUAGCUUCAGAUGUCAACCAGUAGACUAUUCAAACAGUCCUAGGACAAUAAUAAUGGUAAACGCUUCUUGGUGGUACUAUUUUUCUAAAUUCACUGAAUUCUUUGACACGAUUUUUUUCGUGCUACGUAAGAAAACUAGUCAAGUUUCAACAUUACAUGUAAUUCAUCAUGGUUGUAUGCCAAUGUCCGUAUGGUUUGGAGUAAAAUUUACACCAGGUGGUCACAGUACAUUCUUUGGUUUAUUAAAUACAUUUGUUCAUAUUAUUAUGUAUACAUAUUAUUUAUUUGCCGCUAUGGGCCCACAAUAUCAAAAAUAUUUAUGGUGGAAAAAAUAUUUAACUGCCCUUCAAAUGGUUCAAUUUGUUUUAAUUAUGGUUCAUGCAUUCCAAUUACUUUUCAUUGAUUGCGAUUAUCCAAAGGCAUUUGUUUGGUGGAUUGGUAUGCACGCUGUUAUGUUCUUCUUCUUAUUUAAUCAAUUCUACAAAGAUACAUACAAGAGUAGAGAAUUAAGGAGACUAUUAAAAUUGCAGUUAGCGAAAGAAGCCGAAAAUAAAAAACAAUUAGCUGAAAGAGCAAAAGCACAACAAAAUGGAACAUUAAACGGUUACCAAAAUGGUAAAGUAACAAAUGGAUUAAAUGGACAUAUUGUAGAUUCAAAUGGUGUUAAAACAAAUGGACAUGCAAUUCAAGAAACAACAACAACAACAAAUGGUCACAUUAGUAUGAAUGGUCAUUAUACUAAUGGAAUAUCAUAUAAGCAAACAUCACUACCAGAAACGACAUCAACAUCAUCAUCACAUACAACAACAGAAAAUAGUAGAACGAAUACGGGUAAUCCUUUCAAUUAUAGAAAGGAUGAUCUAGAAAUUACACAGAGAAAAAUUCAAAAAUAAUAUUAAUUUAAAUUGUUUUCUUUUUUUUUUGUUUUUUUUUUUUAAUACAAUAAAUAUAAUCUAAAAACAAAUAUAUAAAUAAAAUUUUCAUAUAUAAUUAAAUAAAAAUUAAAAAAAAAAAAUAUUUUUUUUUUUUUUGUAAUUAUUUUAAUAAUUUUAUAUUGUGUAAAAAGUAAAUUUAAUACAUAAAGAAAAAAAAAACAAAUUAAAUUCAAAAUAGAAGGAAAAAUUAAAAAUUAAAAAAAAAAAUUAUAAAUUCACUUAAUUUAAACCCAUUAAUUUUCUUCUUCAUACCUUAAAUACCUUCUAUAUAUUUUAUAGAGAUUAUUUAAAAGAAAUUCAAGGAUAGGAAGAAAAACUGAAAUUCUCAAAAAUUUAUUUUUGUUAAGAUGAAUUUUUGUUAUUUUGUAUUGAUAGAAAUAAGUUUGGAUUUUGAAGAAUCGCUAUUUUGUAAUUCAUCAUCUUCGUUAUCAAUGCCAAAUAACAAUAUUCAUCUCUGAAAUUUUUUAAUUUGUUAAAAAACUCAAAAUAUUUAGAAAAUAACUAUUUUUUUUUUGUAAUUAUUACUUUACUCUUAAUAAUAUUUUUUUUAUUUUCAAUUUAAUAAUUUUUCCCCAACAACUUAAAACAAAAAAGAACAAAUUUCAGUAAUAUUUGAUUCUAGUACAAAUCUAGAUUUAGUUCAAGUCCAGCCUUUAGAAUCUAUACAUUGCAUGUAAAAUAUUAAAGAAAUUGAAAAUUUUAAAUAUUUCCAAGAAUUUGAAAUCGCAUUUUUGUUUUUUUUUUGUUAUUUUUUGUUUUGGGCUCGAAUUACAAGAAUAUAAUUAAAUCGCGCAUUGCUGUGAUAAAAAGUUGUAAGCUUGAAAAUUUGUUUCAAUCUUAAUUUUAUAGUUACCGGGUUAAUGUUGGGCAUUUUAUCUUUCUAUAUACAAUCAUUUUUUUUUUUUUCGUCAUUCAAUUAUGUAAUUUAAUUUGAUUCUAACUUCCAAAUAAAAUUCAUACCGUACAAACAAUUAUAACUACAUAAUUUGUAAUCUAGAAUAAUUAUUAUAGUCUAGAAUCACACAAAUUUAAUGAUGAUGUUUUUAUUUCAAAAAAAAAAAAAUUAGACAAUUUCUAUAUUCUUUAUUAAUUCUAUAAUAAUUUUACCAUUUCAAAAUUUCUAUGAUCUACCCUACAUCCCCAUCCAAUCUAGUCUUUGAGAAAUUUUUUCCCCCAUAUUAAAUUUAAAAAUUUUUAGUUAUUUUUUUGUUGCGUGUACAAAGGAAAUCUGCUAGGUUAAAUUAAUUAAUUAAUUAAUUAAAAUGCUAAAAAACAAAUUUAUUAAAAAUAAAAUUAAACAAAACAAAAAAGAAAUAAUAUUGUAGUUAUUUGUAAAAAUAAAAAAAAGUAAUAAAUUGUAAUUUAAAUUUAACAAAAAUUAAAAAAUUAAUUAUUAUUGUAAAAUAAAAAAGAAAAUUCAAAUAUGAAUGGAAGAUAAAGAUUUCAAUUAGAAACGCAAAAAUUAAUAAAAAAUAAAAUUUGUAAAUAAAAUGUAAAUUUUCAAUGUUAAAUUUUUUCAUUAAUAUUAAUUAUAUAAUUCAUAUUUGUUGAAAUUCUCAAAAAACAAAAAAAAAAUUGUUAAUAUUUUUAUUAUAUAUAUAUAUAUAUAUGUAUAAAUUAUAAAUUGGUUUAAGCAAACUAAAUAAAAUUUUUAUAAAAAUCAAAAAUAAAAUUUAAAUAGAUACUUAAAUUUACUUUUUUAUGUAAUUUUAUUGCAGCAAAUUAAUUAUAAUAAUAUUUUAUUAUAUAAUUUAUACAUAUAUGUAUAUACAUAUGCUAUAUUUAUGCUAUACACAUUUAAUCAUAGGUUUUUUUCUUUAAAUUAUUAAUUAAUUAAUAACAUAAUUAACCAAAUCAAAUAUUUUAUAUUAUUUUAAAAUUUAAUAUUUUAAAGUGAUUAUAAGUAUUUAUUAAGUGAAAAUUCCCAAUAUAAGAAUAAUCAGAAUAACCGCAUAUAAUUAAAAUAAUUCAUUUAAAAAUAUUUAUAUAUAUACAUAAAAAUAAUAAAUGCAAAAUUAUACAAAAAAAAAUUAUUAUAAAAAUGCGAUUUCGGAAAUUUUUGAAAAAUUAAUCGAUUUUUUACUUAUUUUAUAAACUUUUGUAAUUUUGUUAUAAUGAAAACUUUUUUAUUAAAAGCAUAAAUAAAAAAAAUUUAAUUCUAAUAAAAUGAAUUUUUGCAAUAUUUUGAAAUAAAAAUUUUAUAAUUAAAUAUUGAACAUUAAAAAUAUAUAAAAUAUAAAAUAAAAUUAAAAUUAUACAAAAUAAAUUAAGCAAUUAAUAAAAUUUUUUUUUAAUUAAAAUUUUAUUAUUUAAUGUAAAUAUUUUUAAAUAUGUAUGUAUUUAAAUAUUAAGAAUAAAAUUUUAUUAAUUGUUUUAAUUUACCUAAUUUUGUAAAAUUUCUAUUUUGUUAUAUAUAUACUCGUAUUUUUGAGCCAAAGUUUUAUUAUUCUAUAUUAAAAUAUUCAAUAUUCAAUAUUUAUGAAUAAGAUUUAUUUAAUUUAAAAGAAAUGGAAAAAGUUCAAAAUAUUGUUUAAUUUUAUUAUAAUUAAAUUUUAUUAAUUUAUUAGCAAUUUUUUUUAAAUAUUGUAUAAAAUAUAUAGUUUAGUAAGCAAAGAAUUUCGAAUUAAAAAUAAAUUCUCCUUACUAAAGUAAAUAAAUUGAAGUAUAGUAAAAUAUUGAAUUCGUUUAUCGAAAAAUUUUAAACAAAUUUGAAUAAUUUAAAACAAUAAUUUUGAAAUUUUAAAAUUUAAUAAUAUAUUUUAAAUAAAUAUGUAAAUUUUUUUCAUGUAUAAUAAAUACCAAUAAUAUAUAAAAACUUCUCACACCAUUCACUCAAAUAAUCAAAUUAAAAUUUACUUUCAAAUUCAUUUUUAAAUUUAAAAUUUAAUUAUUUUAAAACAUACGCGUAAUUAUAUGUUCUUAAUAAAUCUUUAGAUUUCAAGUUCGAAAUUUUAAGUAUCUAUUAUAGUG